AUGUUUAGCGGUAAAUGCACGAGCAAGGCCCGGCUCGACGGCAAGAUCGCCAUCGUCACCGGAUCGAACACGGGCAUCGGCAAGAUCACGGCGAAAGAAUUCUACAGGAUCGGUAAGCCGGCGACGGGUCGUCAGGGGAAGGGCGCGCUCGCCCGGCGCGACUAAAAUUUUAUAUUCUCGGAGCGUUUACACCGCGCUGAUUCUAUACCUAUCUAUUAACACUGUCGAAUGAGCUAAACUCGGGUUGAUUAGUCGGAUUGGAUCGAAUACUGCAUAAAUACACUCGUAGUACUUGUAGUACGACGAGUAUUCGUAGUGUUCGAGUAGUUCGGGUCUGUCGAUCCGAAACGGGGGAACUUUUGAUCCGAUAUAGGCUUACAAUGUAAAUAUACUAUUGCCAUAUCAUUUGUCGCAUUCCUGCGCGCCUUAAUCCCGCGGUCUUUUCUAUCUUAUGUCUUGUAUCUUCUUGUUUUGUUUGCCGUCUUUUAAUAAGUGACCACGGUGUAAACAAAGCACAGUGAUAAAUGAUAAUAAUAGUAUUAUAAUCGUGUACGCUGGCGUCGAAAGAUCGUAUCGUCAUCGUGCACAACUUGGUAACACUGAUUCUAUCUCGAUAUAAAGAUACCUACAUCGUUUAUUAGUAUGCCGGGACAUUUUAAACAAAAUAACAAUCAAACGUGUGCGACUAAUACACAAAAAAAAAAAACCUUGAAAUAUUCUUUUAAGUUACGUGAACAUAAUAUCCCCUCUCUUUCCGAAAGUGAUCGCGGAGUGUUUGAGAAUUACUGAUAUUCUCUCCGAUAUCUGUACGUUCCCCUACUUUAUCUGAAUACUUAUAGUAUAUCAUGGGUACGCAAAGAAAAUAAUAACAUUAUCGUGCUGCUGCAGAAUACGUCUCCUCUACCUCCCUCCUUCUCGUGGUCACCAACAUAAACACGAUUAUGAAUUUAUUAACUACAUAGAUUUUAGAUUCAGAGUGUGGCGAGGAAUGUAUUGGUUUUACAAAGAUGUUUAUUUUUAUACAUAUAUAUAUAUUGUGUACAAAAAUUCUAUCAAAAACCUUGUUCCGUUACAUUAUGUACAUUAUGCUCAAUUUAUUUGUACAUUCUAAUACUUAUCAAUAACUUAAAAAUCUUCUAGAAAAGUCGUAUGUAACUAUGUAAUUUUUUUCUGAAAAUUUAGGUGUCUAAGGUUUUUUAUUUUUUUAUCAAUUGUUUUUGGUAUCUCACGUUUAUUUCGGAAAUUAAAUAGAGCUUAUUAUUAAAUAAAAUCGAUACUAUAAUAUUAUUACGUUAAAUAUCAAAAAGUUGACAUAAUUCAACCAUUAUAGAAUAUAGAUAGAUAACAACGGAAAUAUUAACAUAAAAUAAUGUCUGUUUUCUACCGAAAAAAAAAAUAAUUUAUAAUAAUAAAAAAUAUCUGUUAAACUAUUGUCGAAUACUUUUUGUCUUUAAUAAAAAUUCGUCUAUAUAUUAGACGUAUAGAAUCUACAGGGUUAUCUAAUACCUAAUCCUAAUAAGGCGGUUUUAAUUCAAAUAGUAAAUUAUUACAAUAUGUGUUCAUUUUUUUUGAUUCUGUAAAUCCAAUAACAGUUCAGCAGAUCUUUUCCCAGUAGACUACCCUUUCCGCAUGAACGGAUGAGUUACUUUCAAAAAUUUCUUUUGCGUCAACAGUAUCGACAAUGUCGAUAGUUAAUAAUUGUUACGACCUAUUGUUUUUGUACAGAUAAAAUUGAUCGUAAUAGUAUGGCUAUUAAGAAAAUAGUGGUUAAUGACAUUGGACAAUCGCGUUAAAAGAAAAACAACGUAUCAAUAAAUAUAUAGGUAAAUAUUGGUACAAGGUUAAAAACCAUAAUAUGAUACGAUGAUUUUUUUGGGAAAAAUACAAUAUUUUAUGAUAAUAUUAACAUUAUUCCAGGGUCUCAAAACGUUAUUUAUAACGUUGUAACGAGAAAAAAAUUUACGAAAUCAAUAAACGAAAGAUAAACGAAUAAAGCGAAAAUCGUUAAACAUUACGUAUCAUAAUUAAUGGUUAUAAUAAUAAAUAAUAAACGUAACUAUAUUAAUGUGAAAAAACAAUCGUAAAUAACAUUACUGGAAAUAACGUAUGAACUUUUUUAUUUUUUACGCAAGACAUACUUAAAAUAUAUUACAUUAAAUAUAAAAGAGUUCAUAUUUAAACAUAAACUGGACGAGAUAACAAUAAUAAUACGAGUAAAUACUCAUUUUGGAGUGAUUACGACCGGCUCACUCGACUUCAGUAAGUAAAUCAAUUCGUUUCUGUAAUUCCACUUAUUCGUCUUGUUUAUGUUCAAUUUAAUCGGUACAGUUUGGUGUAAAUAAUAAGUAUGCCAUUUCAGAUUGCAUUAUAAAACCUGUUAUUGACAGUUGUAGAUAUUUCGUCAUAUACCUAUUAAUUUCAUAUUAUGUUGGAACAAUAUUUCAACGUUAAAUAUAACGUUUCAAAAAAAAAAAAAAAAACGAAAAACUAAAAUAACGUUUAAAAACAUAAUAACGUUGGACAUUAAAAUUGUAUAAAGUUUAAAUACUCGAAAACGUAAAAACGAUAAUUUUUUGAUACAUUAAAAGCACUGCGUUAAUUCAUAAAUAUUUCGUUAAAAUUGAAAUCUCCAAAAGGCGCAUUAUCCUCGAUACUAAAACGGUGGCGGUCAAAUGAUUUGGUCAUGAGGGAGGGCUAAAGAUAAUUUUUUAACAAUUAUUAUUAUUCGCGUAAUAUUUUGUUUUUUUGUUUUUUUUUUUAUACAUAAAUAUGUGGAUAAUAUGAUAAAUAUUGAUGGGAGGGUAACGAGAUCAUAUCGGAUAUAUCCUCCUGGUCACUCUUCCGUCUGACCGCCUCUACUAUACGACAUUUUCGUCCUACCCUACCCCGCACCCCCCUAACGGAUGAUGUUCAUUCGGGGGAUGCGCGCGUAAUACGCGGAUGUUCGAAAAGCUAAUAUAAUAAACGCCCUACUCACGCGACGACGCGACAUUGAAAUUCAACGCGACUUUCGUAUCGUUUUCAAUACGCCCGUACUUAUAUGUGUACGUAAAAAAAAAAAAAAAAACCACAACUCUAUGCAUGUAUAUAAAUACAAUUCCCCCGUGUUCGGGCGGCUCGUUUUCGCGGAGGGGGAGUCGAUCGAAACCGUCCGGAAAAGCCGGUGAAUGCGCGUUAUGCGUUCGGUGUCCGUACAGCGACGGGGAAAAAACGGUGUCGACGAAUCGCCGACGUGUUAUUUUUAUUUCAUUUUUUUUUUUUUUUUUUUUUUUUUAUCAAUACGUCGGAAAAAAAUUCGAUACGCCCGUCCCCGGGCGCGCGCAACAUAAUCGAAUUCGGGACACUGACACGCGGUUUGCCGGUUUCCCGGACCGCCACGCGAAACGUCAUAAACGGCCGACCGAUUUCGGGGCCGCCGCCGUCCGUCCCGCGGAUAUCCGUUUCCCCGGGUGGGCGGCGAUUUGUCGCGCGUUCCCGUCCGCGGUCGCCGCGCGGAAUUUCGACAAUUUCAUACGCCGUCGCGUACAAAAAGCCGUUGUAGAUUAAUUGACAGUGCAAUAAUCGUACGGCGCACUAACACUAAAAUUAUCCGAUUGAGUAUAUAAUGGGGAAAAAAAAAAAAAAAAAAAAAACGUUCAAAAAAAAAUACCGACUUAAUAUAACGUUUAUGACGUUUACGUGGUAACCGACGUUAAGGCUCGUCCGUUAUUUAAUCGUGCGAAAAUGUACGGGGAGGGGCCGCGCGACAUGUCCGCCUGGAAAUCGUUUUUCGAAACGUAUUUAUUUUCGGCGACGCGACGUAAUCAUCGAUAUUUUUACGACGGUGCAGACGACGUAAACAGAAGUAAUUAUUUCCUAUAAUAACGUAAUUAUUAUUAUAGAGGUAGGAUUUUUUUUUUUUAUGAUUUUACAUUACACGUUAUUCCUGUCGAUGUACGUACAUUUAAUGUAUGCAAUUAAUACUUUAAUUAAUUUUGUUUCACACGAGCCAUUAGUUAUUGCGCUAUCACUAGCGUAUGAUAAUUAUAGCUAGUUUAAAUAUCGUGUGUAAUCUAGUGUAGGCCGUGUUGAAUCCGGACAACUUUUCUGGGGGGGGGACCUUAUUAAAAUUAUAGUAAUGACAUUACUCUGUUUUUUUUUUUUUUUUUUGCUUAUCUACCCUCUUACUAAGAACGGUCAAAUUUACUCACAUUUAACAGGGGGAUGGGAGGCAAACAAAAUUCCAGAACGGCUAUCGCCCUCCUAUCAUGUACCUAGAUUCAGCACUGAAUGUAGGUACUGGAAAUUGUCACACCGCAAUAUGUAUGAUACACUAUAAAAGAUACUAGAGAAACUAGCAGUAAAAAUUAUCUUAAUUUUGCUACUCAGUCGUGAUAACAUGUAAUAAAUAUUAAUCGAAAAUUUAUGUAUUCUUAUUGGUCCCCGAUAUUUCUAUGCCCGUAACUGGUGUGGAAAAUAUGACGUGUUCUAUUAUAUACGUGUAUACUGGCUAGCGUGAUUCCUUUAACCGGCAUACUAUCACACUAUUCAUAUGGAUCCAUAGAGUUAUAACUCUAUGCAUGGGCCUAAAAACUAGGUGAACUAGGUCCGUGUGAAACGGACUUUAGUGAGCUAUCUUUACGAUUCGUGAAACAGAAUCCAAAAAAAAAAAAGAGAUUUUCAGUCAAUUUUAAUUAUUAAUUAUUUUUAUAGUUGUGUUUGUUUUUUUACAGAAUAUUAAAUUAUAAUUUUUUAUUUUCAAGGAUAUAAAGCUUCAUAUAUCUAUUACUAGAAUAUUAAAAUAAAGUUAUAGUAUUUAUUGUUUGUUAUGUAAAAACACUAUAUCAGAAUGUAAAUCCAACCUCUAGAAGGAUAAUUUUAAUGGAUUUGUUAUGCAAUUUUCCGUCGACAAAACGGCGAUGGCGGUCGGGCGCGAAAGUAGAUAUUUAUUUAUUUAUUUAUUAAUACGGACAAAAGUCCAAUUCACAAUAUAUUUGUACAGAUAACAAUAAUAUAAUACAAUUUAAAACAAUAAAAUAUAACAUAAUAAAAAAUGAAAAGAUUAAUAUAUCGAAUAAUACGAGGGUUGUCCCAAAAGUAAUGCACAACGCGCUCUAGCUGUCUUGCAAUGUGAUAUUAUCAGCUGAUUUUAGUAUCAGUUUGUAGCUUAGUCUAACGAACUGUUUUUGAGCAACGCGCAUACAUUAAAAUCGAANGAAUAACAUCACCAAGAGCAAAAAAAGUUCGUCGCCAGCAAACAAAGGUGAAACAAAUGAUGAUUUUUGCUUACGAUAAACUUGGGAUAAUUGUCACUGAUCGAGUUCCAAUUGGCAGUAGUGUAACCGGGGAUUACUACAAAACAUUCCUUACCGAAAAAUUACGACCAGAAAUUCGUAAAAAGCGACCAGGAAUGUUACAAAAUGGUGUGUCCAUAUUGCACGAUAAUGCGCAGCCGCAUAUCGGAGCACCAGUCGUCGCUCUUUUGGAGAAAUAUGGAUGGGAACGCCUCAAACACCCACCGUAUUCGCCGGAUUUAAGUCCCCCGGACUUUGAUUUAUUUCCAAAACUGAAGGAACCACUUAGAGGGAUCCGUUUUCCCAACUUAGAUAUACUAAAUGAAGAAGUGAGCCGAAGGAUCCGUGAACUCAACAAUGAUGGCGUCCUAUGCGGCAUUCAAGCGCUCCCGAAACGAUGGCAAUCGUGUAUAGACAAGCAGCGAGAUUAUAUCGAAGGUCUAUAAUAUUGUAUUUAGUUUAAAAUAAAAACUUAUUUAUUCAGAGCAAAUCGUGCAUUACUUUUGGGACAACCCUCGUAGUAAUAAUAAUAAUAAUUAUAAUAAUGAAUAUAAUAAUAAAAAUACAUUCAAUGUUUAAUAAAAUAAUCAACAAUUUCCCGAAGACAUUAAAAUAUUUAUGGGGUCAUAUGACGUAAACUUUUUAUUAACUUAAUAUUAUCAUAUUAUAUACGACUCAACCAGAAUAAAAACGUAAUUUCAAAGCAAUAUUUAUCGUUUUUUUCCUUUUUUUUACCUAACCUAACCUAACCCGUUUAAAAUAAUCAUGAACUCCUAAAGCUUUGUAUACGAGUAUCCACUGGAAGGAAUGACACCUUCCACUCCAAACUAAGAAAUUCACACUGCUGAGUCGGCAAUUCAACGGUAAUAGUUAAAUUGUAAAGACGGCAAAACUAAUAAGUAGUUUCUUAGUGAUACGUAAUAUUACCUAUGUAUUAUUAUGGUAUUACUUGUCGAAGGACAAAGUAAUUUGAAGUCUGCAAAUUGUUAAUUACGCCCCUCCAUAGAUUUUUGUUAGCGUUGACUCUGCCGCCAUAAUUAGAAUUUCUAUAUGUAUACUAAAAUAAUAUCUUUGGUUCCCAGGAAGAAGGGCUUACAUUAAUUUUUUUUUACAAUUUCUAUAAUUAUAAAAUAAUUUGAACCAAUUUUGCUGUAAUUUUUAAUUUUUACAUUUUAUAAAAUUGACUUAAUAAGGUGUCAGAGUCUCCGAAUAUUUCGUUCAAAAAAUUGCUUCAUAGGAAAAAAUUUCAUGUCUCAUUGAAUAGUUGAACAUUCUGAUAUGAAUUUGUUUUGAUUUAGAAGAGAAAGUAUUUUUGUAGUUAACACUGAUCUCUGAUUCUAAAAAUUUAAAUUCCUAGAAACUGUAUUUAGCUUCUUAAGAAUUCCAAUUUUUGUUAAUCAGAGUUAAAUACGAUCCAUAAAACGAUUUUCUCUUUCAAAAAUAAAAAAAAUAUCGAAAUUGUAGCGUGAUUAAUUGGUGAAAAAUUUAAAAAUAACAAUUUGUUUUUCUUUAAUUUAUCGAUUGCAAAAUAUAUUUUACAUUACCUAUAUAUUUGCAAUAUAUAUGGCAAAUAUAUUUUGAACACCAUGAUCAAAAAGGUUAUACCUGCUAAUAAGUACUAGCAGGUAGGUAUUGUUACAAUGUAUCCACGUUAAGUAUCUAUCUGCUAUACCUAUAGUCUUUAUUUAUCUCAUUUUUUAUCACUGAACUUCAGUUAUUUGGUACAAUAAUUGCAUUAAUCAGUAUUCAAUUGUGGGUACCUACGUCUUUACAGAUCAUCUUGUGAAAUUAUUUUAAAAGCGAUAACCUUUACUAUGUGUUGGCAAUAAUUUUAAUCGUAUUUGUUUACAUUGCAUUGACAACAAAAAUGUAUGACUAAUAUAAGUAUCUAUAAUAUUUUAAAACUGUAUGACUAAUCAUAUUACUAAUAUUUCACUAUUAUCAUUAACAUUAAUGUGAUAAAACUAAUAUCAUUUUUGUUGUUCGAUCAAUGGCGAUUACGCACAAAUGUAUAAUAGUUAAUAAUAUAAUAUUUAAUAUAAAAUAUUGUAUUUUAGUAACGCGUAAAAUUUACCAAGUACCGACCUAUUUUUAGGCGUGUAGUUUUUUUUUAAAACUCGUAUGAAACGUGUUCAAAAGUUUGCGAAAAAAAAUUAAAUCCCCGGGCAUUAUACAAAGAGAUGAUCAAUUCUAGAUAAGAUACUAUCAUUAACUCGGAAAGUAUACUUUUUUCGAAUAAUUUAAGAAACAAGCCGCUCUAAAAUGUUACCUACCUGCAUUUCUGUUAUUUUUUUCACACUUAUUUUUCUGAGUGAAACUACGGGCGCAUCCUGGUUGGGUUCCAGAUCAAAAAUCUAUACUAGUUGGGUCCCGGGUUUCCACAAGUAAUACUAAUCUAAUCAACUAGUAUCAUAAAAUUAAUAUCUAAUAAUUAUAAUAGUUUCCAAGUUUAGAAAAAUAAAACGCAAUGAUAAUCCUAUAAUAUCUACCAGUUUAUAAAAAUUUUAAAAAAAUAACCCAAAUAGAUACUCACGUUCAAAUGAGAGGUUUAGAAAAAUGAAAUGAAGGGACUGUAUUUAAAAAAAAAAAAAAAGAAUAUAAAGUAUGAAACGACAAAAAAAAUUACUGGCAACAUAGAACCUAAGUACUAACAUUUUAAAACUGAUUGUUUCAUAAAUUGUUUGAAAAAAAAUUAAUGCUUUCCGAAACAAUGAGUAUCUUAACGAAAAUUAACCGCCAUUUAGGUAACGGAAUCGUGUAAUUUGCAAUGCAAUUCGUUCUGUCGUUACCCAUAUCACAACUGCUAAACGAAAAUUUCAGGAGCAAAAGUUAUAGUGGCGUGCCGAGACGUGAAAAAGGGGGAACAAGCCGUUUCGGAUAUUGUGGCGGACGUGAAGGGCGACAAUCUCGGUCAACUGGUCGUCGAAGAACUGGACUUGGGGUCUUUCAAGUCAAUUAAGCAUUGCGCCAAAAGAAUUUUACAAAACGAAAACCACAUUCAUCUGUUGGUGAACAAUGCCGGUUAGUGCGUGAUGUGUUUUUUUUUUAAGUGCACCGACAAUUGAGUAUACCAAUUAUUUCAAUUUUUUUAGGCGUGAUGGCGUGCCCAAAGAGUACAACCCAAGACGGUUUCGAAACACAAUUCGGCGUAAACCACUUGGGACAUUUUUUGUUUACGUCGCUGUUACUGCCAAGAAUACGGAAUUCGACGCCAGCUCGCAUCGUAAACGUGUCGUCACUUGCACACACGAGUAAGUUUUUUUCACACCCGACGAACCUGUACGCUUAACCCGAUUUAUUUUCACCCUUCUGUUUUGAACAGGCGGCGUUAUUAAUUUCGACGACUUAAAUUACGAGAAGAGUUACUCGUCCAUGGCGGCCUACGGUCAGAGUAAACUGGCCAACGUAUUGUUCUCGAAAGAGCUGGCACGGAGACUCGAAGGUUGUCAUUAAAACUUUUGAACUAAUUAUUAAUAAUUGCAUUAUUUCGGAAACACGAUCAGUGUUGUGCGUUAUCUAUGUAAAACAGAUAGUCCGAUUCGUCACAACAACUGAAUAAUAUACCAACCUAAUAUAUUAUGAUAAUAUUUAUAGGUACUGGAGUGCAUGUGUACAGUCUCCAUCCCGGGAUCGUGCGCACUGAAUUAGGCCGAACGAUCGACCAAGUGUACUUUCCGGGCAUGAGGCUCUUGGCUAAUUUCUUUCUCUAUCCGUUCAUAAAGACUCCCGAACAAGGAGCUCAGACCACUUUGCAUUGUUCAAUAGACGAAAAGGCAGGAGAAGAAAACGGUCUCUAUUACAGGUUUGGAUUUUUUCAACGUUCAAACGCUUAACAUUCAAAUUUCACAAAGAUAAUAAAUAGAUAAGGUCGUUUUUUUUUUUUUUUUUUAGCGAUUGUAAAGUUAAAGAACCAUCGACGUUUGCCAAGGACCCGGAAUUGGCAAAAAAACUUUGGGAAAAAAGCAUAGAAUUGGUCGGUUUAAAGGAUUACGAUAUGUUCAACUCCGAUGAUAGACUUCCUGAACCUUUGAAAGACAUCGUCGUAUCAUAA